UACCACCUAACAGUGCCAGCCAGUGCCACCUAACAGUGCCAGUCAGUGUCACCUAUCAGUGCCAGUCAAUGCCGCCUAUCAGUGCCGCCUAUCAGUGCCAUAUAUCAGUGCCAGUCAGUGCCACCUAUCAAUGCCAAUCAGUGCCACCUAUCAAUGCUGCCAAUCAGUGCCAUGUGCAUCAGUGCCGCCUAUCAGUGCCUGUGAGUGCCGCCUAUCAGUGCCAGUCAGUGCCACCUAACAGUACCAGUCAGUGCCUCCUAACAGUGCCAGUCAGUGUCGCCUAUCAGUGCCACUCAGUGAUGCCUAUC